GUGGAAUGCAUGUGUGAUUAUUUUUUUUUUUAGGUGUCAUACUUACUGUACGGUAUGCAUGUAUUAUACCAACCUUCCGAGCACUGCGGAAUAAAUUAUCGUAAAGUGCCGCGUCCAAUUUCUGAUUUUACACGGCAAGGAUUACAGUGUAUCCAGACGAUAGAAAUCGACACCUUCGGAGUCUGGCGACAAGAGACUAGCAUUGAAAUUUCAGUGAAAAGUGAAGAACUCUGAGAAAUACACGUGUAUAUAUAUAUAUUUAGUACUUUAAACCAGACAUCCAGCAUCUUCAAAAUUGUCAUGCAUUCAAGUGGAUUUCCUAUUUUGGACAAAUAUUCCGAUGUCGUUUUGCUGAAGGACAAUUUCUGGCAACUUCAUAAUGGGAAAUGAAACUUCGUCGCCUGAGAGGACCAAGAAGAACGCUGUUUUUGAGAGCCCUGUGAUUAUUCCCCACCCCGACAAGGAACUGGAUGACGGGGGCGUGUAUAAAGGGGAUCACAGUGACCGCAUUCUCAAAGUUUCGGAAAUACUGCGGAGAAGUCUUGAGAUGGACAUAACAGAAAAUGACGAAUCUAGCGGUGACGUAAUUUUACGGAAUGUGACGGAAAAUGACGGAGAAGUCUCCGAGGAACCCCAAUCCCCGACAUUCCGAAGUUCGGUCACAAUUCAUUUAACUCCAUGUAUAAAAACACUCGAACCAACUGACCACGAAAGUACAUCUAAAGAAAACACAGAAAGCAUAAAAACAAGUGGCCAACCAUCUCCGAGCGUAGACCGACCGGUCGGUGAAAAUGAUCAAGUGAUCGAGGAAAAUAUUGACAACACUAUCAGUAAUGUGUGUAUGAGUCGCGCGGCGGCGGAGCCCUCUUUAUGUAACGGCGACACAUCAGGUAUGUCGGAGAAUUCAUCAACGGGUGUUACAUCGGAGCUAGAGGAGGAUGAGAUCGUUGCUGUGACGAGAGUUCCUUACCACAGGGGAAACAGCAACAUCGACGACUACAUUGAAAGGGCGAAAAAAUUGGCCCUCAAAUCUAACGGAUGUCCGGCAGGUGCCCCGGAUAGUGAAGAUAAUGUAGUUCCUUGCAAUGGAAGUGAUAAUGUUGACAAUGGAGUUAUAGAUGUGAUUGAAAGCAAUGAAGUUAUAAAUAAUCACUCUGAACCAGUGUUAGAUAUUGAAGUUAUUCAGAAAGGUAUUAAUGGAGAAUUACUAGAGGAAAAUUCAAAAGUGACCACUGAGGAACAGGUCCAAGAGGUUUUGCCAGAAAAGCAGCUUGAUAUUACUAUAGAUAAAGAGAGAGAACCCGAUAAUUUAGAGACCAAAGUUCUCAGUGAAAUCAUCCAAAAGGAGGAGAUUCAACGGCAAACCUCAUCAGAGGAACACAGGGAAAAAUCUAAGAAGAAACAAUCACCGCUAUCAAAGAUCGGAUCAAAGUUUAACGAUGCGCUAAAGACAAUCAAAACAAAACGGAGGGAAAGCAUGGAGAAAUCGAAGCACCGAGCCUCCGGGGCCUACGCGGCGGAACACGAUUUUACCGUGAAACAUGCGUCCCCAACGCAGGAGAAAUCUGCAAUCCAAUGGGACGAUGCCGAAAGGAACAAACUGAAUGCCCUUCACCCCAAUGGAAUUUCAUAUGAGGGAGCAACACAGAAAGCCUAUGCUAUAUGCAGUGAGUACGCAUGCGUUGUUCGUAAGCCCGGUUCCUCCGGCAUGAUUGAGUUAUCUCCCGAGAUAGUUGAGCACAAGGAAUCCGAGUCUGAGUAUGAUACUGAUUCUGAAAUCGACACCGACCUGAUCAUGAAAGCCUCGGCCCCUCAGACGGAAGCCGAGAGACAGGGGCCGUUGUAUGUGGGACUUAUAGUGAGGGAUGUCAAAGAGGACGAGAAAGCUAAACUAUGUGAGGAAAAUAUUGAAGUAUGCGUACAGAAUGCGCCUAAUGAGUCAUUUGACGAAAACGUUAUAAAUUUGGUAAACGGUGAGAACAAAGAUACCUUAAGUCAAAACGAGACCAAACCGGAUAUAGAGUCUGAAGAUACAACUGUAAUUCAGGAUACAGAAUCUGAAGAUAAACCAGUUAAUCGGGAUGUAGAGUCUGUGAAAACAACAGAUAUUGCGAAUGAAGAAUCUGUAAAAGCAACAGUUAUUGCAAAUGAAGAAUCUGUAAAAACAACAGCUAUUCCGAAUGAAGAAUCUAAAAAUGCAGCAGCUAUUCUGAAUGAAGAAACUGAGAAUUCAGCAGUUAUUUCGAAUAAAGAAUCUGAAGAUGCAACAGUUAUUCCGAACAAAGAAUCUGAAGAUGCAACAGUUAUUCCGAACAAAGAAUCUGAAGAUGCAACAGUUAUUCCGAAUAGAGAAUCUGAAGAUGCAACAGCUAUUCCGAAUGAAGAAUCUGAAAAUGCAGCAUUUAUUCCGAAAGAAGAAUCCGUUACUUCAACAGUCAUUCCGAAUGUUGAAACCGAAAUUACAACAGUUAUUCAAACGCAAAAGGAUGUCAUUGCUGAGGAAGAAACUAUCAAGAGACUUGAAACAGAGACAAUGACAGAAGAGAAAACUACAGAGGCCACCCAGAAUACUCCUUCACCAACAAAGGUCAAGAAGAAGAAUAGUAUACUUAAAUACCUCCUUCACAGAGAAAGUCCCAAAAAGGGCAAGAAAAAGGAUAAGUCGGCAAAGACACCAACGAGUGAAACUAAGGCAUCUUCAGGUCAAAAGGAGAAACCAGAGCCAGAAUCUGCAGACAAACAGGAAGUGGAAGCAGGUGAGCCUACCCUGAUGUACGUUGAAUGCCGGGAGAAAGAAAUAGUUGCUGCUCAGGCGGAAAUACUGGACAGUGAACCAAAACAACGGAGUGAAUCUCAGGGUUCAGAAUUUGAAGAGAUUGAUUUAGCUUCGACUUCAGAGCAGCAACCAGAAGAAUCGUUACCUACGGAGGAUGUGGAAUCUUCUAUUGUUCCCGUCAAAUCAGAAAGAGAAGUGAACAUUCGCUUACCAGAAGACGAUGUUGCAAAUGACAGCAUGGACCUGAAUAUGACAGGAAGUAGUGACCAUAACGAAAUUCACACUGACGAAAAUACCGAUUCGGCUAAAUCUGAUUUUAAUGACUCUGGUAUUUCUGAUUACCACGGGACUGAGUUACAAAUAAUAAAGCAAGAAGAAUCUCAAAGACCUGUCGAGGAGAAGACAGAGGUAGAUGACGUCAACAACGAAAGUUCUGAGAAGUUCGAUUUCGAUCAGAACCAGGCUGUUGUUAUUGACGUCACGUGCGCAGAUGACAUCAUCAGUGAAAGCGAAAUGGUCAACGAUGUUCAUGGUAGACAAGAGAAGCGAAAACUUCCUGAUGAAGAAAACGAUUUCCCUGAAUUACCGAGUCCUUCCGAAAGUCCUGCAGGUGGUGCUCCAGCAUCAGUGAGCGCCAAGUCCUCACCAACUCGUAAAAAGAAGAAGAAGAGAGUGAACAGUCUUAGUGCCAAGAUUUCCGAUUUUUUCGGUGUAGCGGAGUUUAGGCGACGAAUAUCAACUUCUUCCAAUAGAUCUGACAAGAGUCCACAAGAAGACAGAAACGUGUGGUCCUCGGAAGAAAAAAAGUCGGAACGAAAACAAAGUGGCUCCUCUAUUCACGAAGAUAUUAUGGAAUCCAGAAUUCAAGAAAACGAGGGUACAUGUUCAGAAAUUGAAGAAGAAAUUACUCCAAAACGCUCGUUAGAAGCCAAAAGCAUGCCGAUGCUCAACGUUGAGCAGUCCAGUGAAAAACACGAGGGACUGAAAACAGGCAGCCAAACAAUGCACGUAAAGUCCCGAGGGAAACCGAAAAGCAAAAGUUCAACGAAGUCUUCUUUUCUUGAGAGCUUUGGAUUAUACACGAGUAAACCCAAGAAGAGGCCAGUCAUCAGUAGCCCCAUCAAACAGCAAAACAGAAAAAGUCUAUUUGACGAGGACAUCAAUAUAGACGUGGAUCAAGAUUUGCAUAUUAUAUCGCUAUCAGAUGACGAGGAUGACAAGGAUCGAACAUCGAAAUCAAAGGAGGUCAAGGUCAUUUCCAAGGAAACAUAUGAUGAUGUCAUCGCAAAUGGAUUAAAAAACGAUGUCAAGGAAGAGAGUGGCAAUUCCAGCAGAAAUGAAAAAGAAUCGGAAGUAGGGAAUGUUGCAGAUAAACAGACUGUUUUAGACGCUGGAGUAACUCAUGCAAACGUCGAAACUUCACGGGAAGAUGAAAAGUUUGUAGCCUCUGAAAUUUCUGUUGAUGAAAAUAACGUUAUAAAUGGAGUUUCACAAGCAGAUAGCAAGUUAAGCCCGGGUGAAUACGUGUCUCUUAAAAAUGGUCAAGAAAAUCAGGUGAUUGCAGAGGAGAUGACCGAUUAUUUGAAAUUUGAACAAGACUGCGUUGUGUCAUCACCAAAUGUGGAAUCUACAGAAAAAGGUUUAAACGUCGACCAAACUAAGAGCCAGAUUGACAAUGAUGAGGAAAAUUUGUCCGCUUGUGAAAAAUUUGUAGCCGAUGUACUAAAGGGAACCAAUUCUGUGGAAAAUGCAGUUGAUGAUAUUCGAUGUGAAGAAGAUAAGAUCUUGGAUAAAACAGAGAAAAAAGAGGAAUUGAAAGUAGAAAACGAAAGUAAAAACGUUUUGACCGUCAACAAUGAUGCUGCAAAUGAAUCGGUAUCUAGCAACGAUGGAAAUGAGACUCGGGAAAAGAUUUCACAGGAAGAUGUUGAUUCUGGCAAAGGUGACAUCAGUGAAAGUUCUGAAAAGAAAACCGAUAAAAAUGAACAUAUAGUUCCUACGCAAAACAAUGGACUUGAGACUGAGGCUGGUAAUGAAGCGCCAGGAUGUGAUUCGGUUGGAGGGAGUGAACCUUGUCCAAGCGAACCCUCUAAUCGUGUAACUGUUGUGGCGACCAUCGAGACUCUUCCAGUGUCAAAGGAUACUGAUUUACGUGACUCCGUGUCACCUGAAAUGUGUCAAGACACCGACGGCGAUUCCUUGCGCAAUAAUGCAGAAUACGACAGUAUUAACAUGGGAGAAGAAAGGACCGUGGCCAUAGAGAACCCCAAUUAUUGUAGCACCUGUCAAGUGAAAAACAAAUCGCCGUCGGAUACAGUUGAUGAUCUUCAUUCACAAGCUCAAAUUGACGUCAGCGGAGAAAGUACGGACGGUUCAAAGACUAUAAUAACUGCGGAGUCGAGUGAGGUGAGAAAAUCGUCCAGCGCAGCUGCCCGCUCAGCAAGCAUGGAGGAACUUACGGUGCAUUCUAGUCACAUCUAUGAAGAAAUCGAGAAAAAGAAACCGGUUAUCUAUCGAAGGUUUUCAGAUAAAUCGGAAAAUAGGAAAGUUAUUUGUACGAGUCCGGAUCCCGAUGGGAAGAAGCUGAAGAAGAAAAAGUCCAGGAGUAGUUCUUUUUCGGAAUUCUUCAGGAACCCUACUAAAUAUAAAAUGCCAGCGUGGAGAAAUAAAAAAUCCAAAGAGGUUAUAUAAUCUAUUCGGUGUUCAAAAAGAUCAACCAAAGAAAAAGGAAGAGGAGAUGAUCCUGCAGGCUGGUACCUCUACAUCAAUCCUAUACAUGUAGUAUGCAUGGAGUUAAACCGUGUCCUCAGGAUGUGUGAGUGAAUCCAGAUAUUACGUAAUGCUAUCCAGUUAUCCAUGGAUGUAUAUGGAGUAGAACUUGGUGAAUGCCUCAGUGGACGCCAAACAGAAAAUUGUUCAACUGUUUUGACUUUCGAUUUGUUGAACGAUUGCUGGAUCCAGGAAAUACACACCACUUCCGGUUGUUCAGAUGGUCUUUUGGUUGAAUACGCCAUGUAUUGAUAUAGUUCCAAGAACUGCAUGGGAAAAACGGGUACUAAAUCACUGCGCAGUCAAGGGGAAAAUGUUGAUGUUUUUGAAUGUUUAUGCAUUAUA